AGUCAUUUUGGUUCAAGCUGCCUGGUUUCGUCGAUACCUCGCCACAUACCCCUCACAGCUGCUUCCUUGGCGUGAUGAUGGCAUCAGGACUUGCGGCACGUGCGACCCCGCUGCUGCACGAUGAACGGAGGUCUGCGCUCGUGCCCCGAUGGGUCGGCAGGGCCAUCGCCGCCGCCGUCCUGGCCUCUGCCGGAAUUACAUUGCGGUGGCAGUUUAGCCCUCGUGUUGGAGCGGUGCGUCUUGCUGCCGAGCAGCUCCAGGCUUUUGAGAUCGCCGACGAGGAGGAGGUGGUGAUCACUUUACCAUGUGUCCGCGUUCGAGGCCUGGAGUCUCGCUCGUGGGGACGCCGUUUCAGGGGCAUCCCUUACGCGAAGGCCGGCCGCUUCCAGAACCCGAGGCCGUUGGACAAGUUUCCAGAGGAGAUCGACGCUCGGUUUUUCAGCGCCUCGUGUAUGAGAGGCAGCGCCCAGAGGCACGAGAACGUGAGUGAGGAUUGCCUCCAUUUGAACAUUUACACGCCAAGGGUAUUAGUUGGGUCAACGAUAACAACCCCAGUAGUCGUGUGGUUUCAUGGUGGAAGUUUCACGAUGGGCGCAGGCAGUGACACCCAUGUCGAGGACGUCAAGGAGCUCGUUACUACGAGGCAUCUCAUCGUGGUGACCAUUAAUUACCGCCUUGGCAUUUUCGGAUUCCUGGGCAGUGAGCGUCUGCGAAUGAGCAGUAACGAAAGCGUAGGCAAUUUCGGUAUACUUGACCAGCAGAUGGCCUUGAUGUGGGUCAAGGAGAACAUUGCUUACUUCGGAGGCAAUCCAUCGCAGGUGAGUUUGUUUGGCUGGUCAGCAGGCGCAGCUUCGAUCAGCAACCACUUGGUGAUGGAGAGCAGUGCGGGCUUGUUUGCGUCCGCAAUCCUCAUGAGCGGCGGCUUCACAGAUUGGGCGGCCAGCAGCCUCGAGAGCAAUGAGAGGGACUACGAUGCGGUCUUGAAAGCGACCGGCUGCGAUGCGCACGACAAGUGUUGGGAACGCGGCCCAGUGUGUUCGUGCCUCCUGCGCCUCUCUUCGGAGCAGUUGCUUGAGGCCCAGUCCCGCCUCGGCAUCAUGUGGGCACCCACAGUGGAUGGAACACACUUGAAGCUCCAUCCAGCCCAGGCGCUGUCCCUCGGAGCCGUGAACACCGGCGUGCCGAUCGUGAUCGGAGGGACACGCGAGGACUGCCUGAAGGACAUCGGGGCCAACGCCACGGUGGCAGACUUCGAGGAGUUCGCUGCCAUGCCUCCGGAGCUCGGAGGCCUGGGCCUGAGCGCCGAGCAGGCGGGCGAGGCGAGGAGGCUCUACGUCGACGCGGCGGGGGCGCCCGCCGAGCACGGGCUCCGCAGGUGGUCGCCCGCCUACUGGGCGGCCCGCCGCGCGGGGGCCGACAAGACCAUGCUCUGCGUGGCCCGCCGCUCGGCGCGGGCGUGGCAGGGCGCGGCGGCGGCCCCUGCCUGGUGGUACGUCUGGGCCAACGAGCCCGCCCGGCGCUACCCAGACCCUCCCGCCGCCGUGCCCGGCGGGCCGCGCAGAGUCGGAGUCGGCGGGUGCUGGCCCUGCCCCGGCGCGACGCACGGCUCGGACCUGCCGUUCCUGUUCGAGCGCCUCGCGGUGGACGUCGACGACCGCCAGGCCGACCUGGCCGACAUGUACCAGAUCUUCUUCCGGAACAUGGUCCGCGAGGGGGACCCGAACAUCCGAAGGAGGAAAAGGUGCAUGAACAUGCACGUUCGAGGUUCUGCGGUGGUUUCUUGGAUCUGCGCCAGGGCCUCCCCCGGCGGCGCCGCCGCCGGCGGCGCCCACGGCGCGCUCCGCGCGCUAGGGAGGCGGGUCCAGCGCCGAUCCAAGGAGUCCGCGCGGAACUCCGCAAGGUUAUGUAUAUGUUGUUUUUCUUCUUCUGGACAUGUUCAGGGGGUUUGCCCUUGCCACGGAGGCCUCCGCGGGCCAGGACUGGGCUUUCUCCGUCGCCUGGCCGCGGGCCCCUGGCGCAGGCAUGUGGUUCGAGGCGGGCGGCACCCGUCCGUUCGUUGAUCUAAAGGCAGCAGAGUGCGAUUUUUGGGACGCGGUCGCUUCCGACUAGUCCUCGCCGCCCGAGAAGCCUCCCCCCCCCGCCCGCCAGGCGCGCGGCUUUGUCGGGCUCGAUUGCCUCCGAAUGGCUGAGCCCUCGUUGCCCGUUGCCGCAGACGUGGCCGUCGCCUUCCCCGUCAGGGGUGUGCAUCUGAGGCCGCCUGGCCGCUGCCUGGCCGCUGGCGCCCCCGCCGCCCGAUCGUGUGCAUCGUAUGUCCACGCGGUUCGCUGCUGCGAGGAAGGAAAAACAGCGGCCUUCGGAGCUCCACGCGGCCAGGGGCCAGCAGGUGGCCCGCCGCACUCCGGGGAGCGCCCCCGAGGGGGGACGGGCAGCGCCGCCCCGCUUCUUGCUGGGGUGGCCUCCUGUUUCGUCUGCCGGAGGGCAGAAGUGUCGCGCACGCAGUGAAGCUGGGGAGGGUCCUCCUCCUCCUCCUCCUCCUCCUCCUCCUCCUCCUCC